GAGGUCAUCCGGGCACACUUCAUUACUGAAUACGUACAACAAAAUAUCUCGAGGCAACUUUCUUCAUCAUGGGUUUCAUAUUUUACAUACAAAUCGCCAGCAUAGCGUUUCAAUUCCUAUUUAAACUCGGGAAACAGAAAACCACAGCAAUCAUCCACCGUUUCACAUACCGCGCAACUUCCGAUGCAAAGAACAUCGUCAUCAUAGGCGGUUCAUUUUCCGGAAUUCAUUUGGCGAGACUACUUUCCACAUCCAUACCUACUGGAUAUAAAGUCACACUUGUUGAAAAAAAUACGCACAUGCAUUAUUGUUUUGCUUUUCCCAGAUUCAGUGUGCUGAGUGGUCAUGAAUAUAAAGCUUUUGUUCCUUAUGGAGGGCUGUUGAGAUAUGCGUCAGAAGGUGCUAUAUCUAUUGUUCAUGAGAAGGCUAUCAAUAUUCAUGAAGAUUAUAUCGAGCUUUCAUCAGAUGAGAAACUUUCGUAUGAAUAUCUCAUUAUUGCAACAGGUGUAUCACAGCCCGCGCCGGCUCGACUUCUUGCUAAGAAUAAGAUGGGGGGUGAAGAUGAAUUGCGUAGCUAUCAAAAAGCUAUCCAGGCCUCUUCACGAAUUGCUGUUAUCGGCGGCGGUGCAGUUGGAGUCGAGCUUGCAACUGACAUCAAAAGUUUCCUACCAGAUAAGAACGUGACGUUGGUUCACUCUCGAGAUCGUUUACUCGUUAGAUUCGGACCACAGCUACACGAAGCGGCUUACAACCGACUUCAAGAGCUGGGAGUGAAAGUUCAUUUCAAUGAACGACCCUCACUGCCUGAUGGUAAACCAUUUGUACCAUCUGAGACAGAGAUUAAAUUCAAGAAUGGUCAAGUUGAGACUUUUGAUCUUGUGAUAUCUUGUACCGGACAAAGCCCAAACUCGAGCCUACUCGAAAGCUUUUUACCGGAUGCUAUCACAGACAAUGGCCUCAUUCAUGUAGAACCAACAUUGCAAGUCAAAACCAAAAAUAGCAAUUGCAGAAAUAUUUUUGCAAUAGGAGAUGUUGCAGCUACCGACGGUCCAAAGAUGGCAUUCGCAGGCAUGGCCCAGGCGGAGGUUGCUUGUUCCAAUAUCCUUUCAUUGAUUCGAGAGAAUAAAAAGACACUCCAACAUUAUAUUCCAACCUUUAUCGAGGCAAAGACUAUGCUGAGCCUUGGGAAAGAUCGCGGGGUGUUUUUCAUGGAAAGCGGGAAAGAUUAUUUUCUUAAAGUCUUCAAUACCGAUACACCUGAUAUUGACGCUAAGAAGGUGUGGAAGAUCUUAGGAGCAGAUAUGAAAGAGUGGAAGGAUUGAAUUUAGCUGCAGCCUUGAUAUUUAGAAUUUUUAAGAGAGCUUGUAUUCGUUCUCUAAUAGCCAGAGA